AUGAAAACGAAAGACACGAAAGCUAUUGGUUACGUUUCUAGGCGAUUCAGUAAGCGAUCUCGAAGAUACAAAAAACUUGCAGGCCAUGUAGAUGACGUGGAGAAACCUGGUUCACUCUCCUCGAAAUCUCACAAAGAGAACGUGCGAGCGUCCAUGGAGGAUUUCGACGAGUUUGUACUGAAUCGGUGUAGAGCAAAGCGAGAAGCUGCGAAGGUCAACACCGUCGCACUUGACGAGGCACACGAAACUGACAAAGAAAAGGAAACUCUCCCCGCGCGCUGCAGAAGGCCUGCUAUUUGUGAAGAGAUGGAGAAGCAUAUUCGGAACGAGGCCGGAGUAAGCCUGCGUGGAUAUCGCGAGAUUCUAGUAACGCGUCGUCUACUUUAUGAGAUGCAUUUGCUCUGA